AUGAAUAAGGUGGUCGACAUAGGUCUCUCGAAGGCUGCCCUGGUGGUCAUUGGCCUGUGGGCCCCAUCGCGGCCCAGCAGGCUCUACUGGGUCUACACGCGGUGGUCGCUGCUCCAGCUGGUGGUCACCAUCGUGGGGCAGGUGGCCGGCCUGCAAGGACACUGGGACAACCUGCCUGUCGUCUCCACCUCACUGUGCUUCGUGCUCACCAUCACCUGCACCUUCAUCAAGGCGGUCAUCUUCGUGAGACAGCGGCCUCGGGUGGACGCUCUGAUGGCGCACCUGGAGUACAACAUGGCCAUGUUUUGCUCGUUCAUGCCGCGCGUCAAGGACGCCACCUUGCGCGGCUGCAGGCUGCGCGUGCUGUUCAUGUUCACCUCGUUCAUGGGCAUCGGUGGCAUCACGCUGCUCUCCUUCUACACGGGGCCCAUCGUGCAGAACUUCAAGGACGCCAAGCUUCUCGCCGAUGGGGCAAGUAACGUGACCAUGAGGCCGCACAUGGGCCGCAACUUGCCGAUGCUGAUGUGGUGGCACAACGGGCAGCCGGAGCAGACGCCCUACUACCAGCUGACGUACGUGCUCAUGUGCUACUGGCUGAUGCUCAUCUACUUGGCGUGCGACGUGCAGGACGCCUUCUACGUGACGCUCAUCAUCUACCUGUCGGCGCAGCUGACCAUGCUCAACGCCGCUCUGACCAACGCUCUGCACCCGGGGGACGGCGAGGACGACCACACUUCUUCUGAGAGGAGGCAGCUUCCAUCCAGAGGCUGGCGUGGCGACGCCGAGAGUGUCGUGCCGGCGAAGCGCAGUGGCCGCGACAGACUUGUCGAAUGCAUUCGGUUCCACCAGGAAAUUAUAAAGUCUGCGGCUGAGAUGGAGUCCAUUUUGAGCGCUUCAGUACUCAUGCAGUUCAUGACCAGCACGCUCGUCAUAUGUUUCACAGCAUUCACUGUUAUUACGGCGGAGAGAGCGUACCUACACACAUACAUAACGUACCUGGCUACAAUGUUCUACCAGCUGUUCCUGUACUGCUGGUACGGUGGGGAGCUACUUUUGGAGAGCGAGAAGCUGCAGUUGUCGGCGUACAGCUGUGCCUGGCCAGAUGCGGACCCCAGUUUGAAGCGCUCCUUGCGCAUCAUGAUGGCUCGCCUGCAGAACCCCGUCAAGCUCACUGCCUGCAAGCUCUAUGGACUCACCCGCGAGACAUUCCUGCUGCUGAUGAACGGCUCGUAUUCGUACUUCGCCCUGCUCCACCGCAUGAACCAGGCGCCGGCCUAG